AUGUUGGACCCCAAGAUCAAAGCAGAAGAGUACAUGGAAAAGCAUAAGGUUGGAGAGCUCUUCCAGUCAGCGACACGCCUGCUUUUGUUGCUCAAGCCCAAAGAUCCAAAGGCUUUUCUGAUAGAAAAGUUGACAGAGCUGAAAGCGGCAAACCGAAAAGACAACUUCUUUACAGACGCCGACGUUUCUGCCGUCUUUCGUAUGUUUGACGUGACAUCAACGGGGGCAAUAAAUGCAAGCCAGUGCAAAGAGGCGCUACAGAGCUUCGGGUGCAGCGUGCCGAGCAUGGAUUCCAUCCCGAACCGGGUUGACUCCGACGCGUUCGUAGCAAUCGCAAAACGUGCUCUUGAAGGGGGUGCUUAG